CGCGGCGGCAAGGGGCCGGGGUCGGCCGCGCGGAGCCAGAGCAGCGGACACCCACAUCAGCACCAGUGAAGGCUGCUUUCUGCCACCCACAGAUCAGGCCUCUAGGCUGCUCCCGAGCCAAUGAACCCCAUGAAACCUGCCUUGCCCUCCACACCACAUGGUGAUGGUCCCUUUGUGUACGAGGCGGUGCCUUGGCAACAGAGUGCCGCUCAGCCGGCAGGAUCGCUGUCCGUGGUCACCACCGUAUGGGGAGUCGGCAACGCGGCACAGAGCCAGGUUUUGGGGAGUCCCAUGGGUCCUGCAGGGAGCCCCCCAGGCAGCGCCAUGAUGCCUGGCAUGGCCAGCGGCAGCUCGGCCUUGAGCUCCCCGCAGUGCCUGGGGCAGCAGGCCUUCGGCGAGGGCAGCGCCAGCAAGGGCUACGCGCAGCAGGCCGUGUACGGCCCCGGGGGCCCCGGCUUCUCCACGGGAUAUGCAGGUGGCCCCGGGGGACCUGGGGGUCUGGGCCUCCCCUCCCAUGCCACACGGCCUUCCACGGACUUCACUCAGGCAGCCGCUGCUGCUGCCAUGGCUGCUGCCGCCGCCACCGCCACCGCCACCGCCACCGCGGCCGUGGCCGCCCUCCAGGAGAAGCAGAGCCAGGAGCUGAGCCAGUACGGAGCGAUGGGGGCCGGACAGUCAUUUAACAGCCAGUUCCUGCAGCAUGGAGGUCCCCGGGGGCCCAGCGUCCCCAGCAGCAUGAACCCUGCCAGCGUAGGAGGGCUGAUGGGCCCCUCCAGCAUGAGCUCCAUGAGCAUGAACCCCACUCGGGCAGUUGGCAUGGCGCCUCUGUAUGCAGGGCAGCGCCUGCCCCAGCAUGGGUACCCUGGGCCUCCCCAGGCCCAGCCGCUGCCCCGACAAGGGGUCAAGAGAGCCUACUCCAACGAGGUGUAUCCAGGGCAGCAGUACCUGCCGGGAGGCCAGUACUCACCCAGUGCCACCCAGUAUGCCCCCGGGCAGCCCCCUGCCUCCUCUUCCUACCCUGGUCACAGGCUGCCCCUGUCCACCGCCGGCCCCCCCGGACUGCACUACAAGCCUGCAGAGCAGUUCAACGGGCAGGGCGCCAGCUUCAGCGGCGGGAGCAUUGGCUACAGCCAGCCUGGCCUGAGUGGGCCCACCCGUUCCAUCCCUGGCUACCCCAGCUCCCCACUGCCAGGGAGCCCCACGCCACCCAUGACCCCCGGCAGCAGCGUCCCCUACAUGUCCACCAGCCAGGACGUAAAGUCUCCCUUCCUGCCCGACCUCAAGCCCAGCGUGAGCUCCUUGCACCCGUCACCGCCUGGCAGCAGCCCCUGUGACGAGCUCCGGCUGACCUUCCCCGUGCGGGACGGGGUAGUCCUGGAGCCCUUCCGCCUGCAGCACAACCUGGCGGUGAGCAACCAUGCCUUCCAGCUGCGGGACUCCGUCUACAAGACCCUGAUGCUCAGGCCUGACCUGGAGCUGCAGUUCAAGUGCUACCACCACGAGGACCGGCAGAUGAGCACCAACUGGCCGGCCUCGGUGCAGGUCAGCGUCAACGCCACCCCGCUCAGCAUCGAGCGCGGCGACAACAAGACCUCGCACAAGCCCCUGCACCUGAAGCACGUGUGCCAGCCGGGCCGCAACACCAUCCAGAUCACCGUCACGGCCUGCUGCUGUUCCCACCUGUUCGUGCUGCAGCUGGUGCACCGGCCAGCGGUCCGCUCGGUGCUGCAGGGCCUCCUCAAGAAGCGGUUGCUGCCUGCCGAGCACUGUGUCACCAAGAUAAAGCGGAACUUCAGCAGCGGCACCAUCCCUGGCACCCCUGGGCCCAACGGAGAGGAUGGGGUGGAGCAGACGGCCAUCAAGGUGUCCCUCAAGUGCCCCGUCACCUUCCGCAGGAUCCAGCUCCCUGCCCGAGGCCAUGACUGUCGCCACAUACAGUGCUUCGACCUGGAGUCCUACCUGCAGCUCAACUGUGAGCGGGGGACCUGGAGGUGCCCCGUGUGCAACAAGACAGCCCUGCUGGAGGGCCUGGAGGUGGACCAGUACAUGCUGGGCAUCCUCAUCUACAUUCAGAACUCUGACUACGAGGAGAUCACCAUCGACCCCUCGUGCAGCUGGAAGCCGGUGCCUGUGAAGCCAGACGUGCACGUCAAGGAGGAGCCAGAUGGGCCGGUGCUGAAACGCUGCCGCACCGUGAGCCCCGCACACGCGCUCCUGCCCAGUGUGAUGGAGAUGAUAGCUGCCCUGGGCCCAGGGGCGGCCCCCUUCACCCCCUUGCAGCCCCCCUCAGCCCCAGCCCCCAGCGACUACCCCAGCCAGGGUUCCAGCUUCCUGGGACCCGGGACCUUCCCCGACUCCUUCCCAUCCACCACACCCAGCACGCCAACCCUUCCUGAGUUUACCCCGGGGCCACCCCCCAUCUCCUACCAGUCCGACAUUCCCAGCAGCCUCCUGACACCAGAGAAGUCUACACCCAGCCUCCCAGGCCAGAUGGCACCUGCAGGUCACCUGGACCCGGCUCACAACCCUGGGCCACCCAGUCUGCACACCCCCAACCUUGGAGGCCCCCCAGGGCCCCAGCUGCACCACCCUAACCCUCCCCCAGCGACCCGGCAGGCCCUGGGCCCAGUGAGCUCAGGCCCCGUUGGCGAGCUGGCCUUUCACGCUGCCACAGGCACAGUGGGGCCCCCCAUGUCUGGGGCAGGGGAGGCCCCAGAACAUGCCCUGGAUCUGCUCCCAGAACUGACCAACCCGGAUGAGCUGCUGUCCUACCUGGGCCCUCCUGACCUCCCCACGAACAGCAACGAUGACCUGCUCUCUCUCUUCGAGAAUAACUGAACGCGUUGGCCCUGCCCACAGGCGGGACAUGCCAGAUGCCCCCGCCCUCCAGCCCAGUCCCGACACCAGCCCUCAUGCCCUCCCCCUCCCCAAGGCACACCUGGAUCCGCCCUUCCCGAAGCUGGGAGCAGCCCUGCGCUGGCUGGGAGGGGCCCGCGCAGUGCCGCGCCCUGCCCUGCCCUCGCCCAGCCGGCUGCUGCAGGGGGUUUCAGGGGACCGGCUCUGCCCACCUCGCCAAGCCCCGCCCCUCCUGCGGGCGCCCCGCGCCCUGCCCUCUGCCACUGCACACACAUCACGCAGGUCCCGCCCACCGGAGCCGACCCGCCCUGCCUGCCCCCGCAGCCCAGAGGAGCUCACUCGGUUCCGCAGGUCCCGCACCCCGCACCCCACCCCCCAGCUGCGGGCACGUGGAGCCGGGCUGUGGGCUGAGGUGCUGACCCUGGCCCCGUCCCGCACUGACCGGCACCCCAUGCACCUCCAGUGAGCGGCGGCGGCCUCCUCGUCCUCGCUUCCUACCCCACGCCCCUUGCCGAGAACAUGCAGCCCCUCCGCGUUUUUACAGUCGCCUCCCGUGUCCCCUGGCCGGGCCGAGUGGGGCGCCCCGCC